ACCUCUCUUCCAGUGAGUUGAGAGGAGAGGAGAGGAGCAGCAGAGCGGAGCUGCUAAGUUGCUCUUCUUCGCUUCCGACGAAGUGAGCAUCAAGUCCAAAGUCUUUUUCGUCCAAGUUAUCUCUUCCUCCAAUACACCUUCUCCCCUGCCCCCCCCCCCCGCUCCAAAGUGCGCGAGUCUCGCGUGCGUGCGCGAUGACAGGAGGAUGCGGCGGCGUGCGCGCGGAGGUGCCGGCGUGGCGGGCGCGCGAGGACCUCGGGUAAAUAAGUCCACGAGAAGCUCCCGGAAGUGAGCGGCGGGGAAGCAUGAAGCCCCUCCUGCUCCUGCUGCUCUACCUGGACACCCUGCACGUGCUUUGCGCCCCCGCCAACAAAAGGACCAAAAGCCCUGCCAGGACCUCCAAGCCCAAAUGGCUCAACGGCAGCACCACCGCGGUUCCGGACGGCGGACCGAGCCGGAUCACGCAGCUGCGGGCCCCCGCCCUCCAGCACGACACCUGCCUGGGCUACUACGACGUGAGCGGCCAGUUCGACAAGGAGUUCGGCUGCAACAACACCGACCACCGCUUCUGCUGCGGCAGCUGCUUCCUGCGCUUCUGCUGCGCGGACCGAGCCAAGCGUCUGGAGCAGAGGAGCUGCACCAACUACAACACCCCCGACUGGAUCAAGACGCAGCCCCCCUCCCCCGCGCCCACCGGGGACACCUACGACCCCGAACUGGACCGGACCAACGCCACCGUCUACAUCACCUGCGGCGCGGUGGCUCUCGUCAUCGCCGUCUGCAUCUCCGCCAAAGUGGCCUACGACCACGCCACCAAGCCCCCCCAGGAGAUGAACGUGCACAGAGCCCUGGCUGACAUCCUGAGGCAGCAAGGACCCGUUCCCAUUUCUCAGUACGAGCACGACAACAUGGACGCCAUGGACUGCUCGCCCAAGGACGAGACGCCGGUCAGAGCCUCAAAGAACCACUACACGCCCGUCCACAGCAAGUCCUCCAACCACGGUCAUUAUGGGAUGGAGAGUCUUCACAGCGGAGGAGCAGACAUGCACAACUUCAUCUCAUCAGGCUUCGUGACGCUAGGCCGCGGCCACCUGAAAGCGCAGCAUUCCAUCGACGAGUCAGCCCCCAUGUCCUGGCAGGCCGAUCUGGACCUCCCCAUCUCUUACGGUGAGCAUCAUCACCAUGACUACCAGCACAGCCACCUGGACCUCACUGCUGCCCUCACACCUCAGCUGGCAAACAGACACGUGCGCCACGAGAGACCACAGCGAAGCAACAACAUCCUGACGGCCGCCACCGAGCCGUACGACGUGUCGCUGUCCAGAUCCUUCCAGAACCUCAGCCACCUGCCCCCCUCCUACGAGCUGGCCCUCCAGUCCGACUUAAGUGACAAGGACGUGGACGACUUCUACAGCAGGAAGCAUCACCACGGCGGUCGAGGCCCCGCCCACAUGGUGAAGCUUAACGAUCCCCCCCAGCACCACCAGCAGCGCCAGCGGCCUCGCCGCGUGCAGCGGGCCAUGUCCCAGGACCACGUCCUGUCCCCGCCCAGGACACCGCGCCGUGGGGACUACGGCUUGUCCUCGUACGGCGCCGUGGCGGCGGCGGCGUACGGGAGCAGUCGCCACCUCUCAGACGAGCAGCUGCUGUCGGCGGACCGCCUGCACUCCCAGGAUCCUCUGCUCUCGCCCGCCGUGCGGCGUGACAAGUUCCGAGAGAAGGCCAUAGCGCGCGCCAUGUCGCACGCCGACAUGCUGCUCCCGGCCACGCCCGUCAUGGACCGCCACAAGAUGACCAAGAUGCACUCUCAGCCCGGUGACACCUACAACACGCUGACGCUCAGCCAGCACGCCAGCGCCACCAAGAGGCAGGCCUUCGCCUCGCGGCGGACGCACACGGUGGACCACCUGCAGUUCAUCCCGGGUCACCACCACACGUACCGCGGCGGCAAGAACGAGGUGACCGUCUGACCUCUUCCUGCUUCUCAGCAUCCUGACGGUCAUCAUCAAAAAGGGCUUCGAGCGGCGCCAUGGCGAAGAAUCCUCCAUUUUCUAACUGGAACCUGUGAGGCUUGAGUUGGCCCCGCCCAUCAGGAGGCGGGCUGGAGGGUUAACAAGCACAACGGUUAGCGUUCAUGCUAGCAAAAGACUGUAAAUACGCUUCUCGCUUCAUUCUAGAACCUUCUUUCAACUUAGAUAACGCUGCGCCCACAUGGCUUUCUUCUUCUUCUCGUGUUUGGGCCUGGUUCUAUGUCCGUGUGUGUGCAGGAGCAAUCAGAAGCAAACAGAACCUCACGGCCAAUCAAAGUCUUAGAAACUUCUUUGAAAUACAACAAUCACACUGUAAAAAGUUCUGGUCGUUUGGUACCAACAGAACCAGCACUCAAAACCAGGCAGCCAUCCUUCCAAGAGGUAUGUGUGUAACAGAGUUGCAUUAGCCCCGCCUCCUCCUCGUGUUCAGCCAAUCAGCAUGUCCUCAUGUUUCAGGCCAGCCGGGUCAUCUUUGUCAUGGUUCUGUUCAGCUCCUCUGGUUCUGUUCACACUUUGAAAUAA